AUGUUCAAGUAUAAAUCAUUUUGGAGAUUGUAUGCUUAAAGUUUAGUUUUAAGUAUUCCAUAGAUAGUUACUGGUUAUUUGUGCAUGCAAUAUUUGGACUUUCCUUUAUUAGACUAUGAAUGGUCUUAUAUUGGAUUAGCUUCUAGUUGGUUGUUUUCACCAUUGAUGGUUUAAGUUACUCGAUUUAAAUUAAUGGGUAUAAAUACAAUAAUGUUGGCUAUUGGAAUUAUUGGAUUAUCAAUUGAAGAUUACUCUUCUUAAUUAGUCUAUAAGAUCUUUACUUGCUUAAUUGGUAUAAUUGUAGGAUGUGAUUGGUUAUUAACAAUAAGAUUCAUAAGAGAAUAAGUAGGAUGGGAGGAAAAAAGAUCUGUGUAUCUUAACAAUAAUCCAAUAAUCUGUUUUUUUCUAGGGACUUUAUUAAGAAUCAGUUAUAUUAAGAAUUAGAAUUUGGAAGAUGAAUAAAUUGUAAUUAGUAGUCUUGUAAUAUUGACUAAUUCAAUUAGAUUGCUUUCGUUCCUUACAAUUUUUGGUAAACAGACACUGGAGUAUUAUUAUAGAAAAUUUAAAGAGCUUUAAGGUAGAGUGAUAAUAAAGAAUGAAUUCUCAGGUAAUAUUAAAGAAAUAGAAUAUUUUUAUAUAUCUAAUAAUGAAGCAUACAGUGAAUUAAAUAGAAGAACAAGUGCCUUAUUUAGUAAAUAAUAUCGUAAAAGAUUUUUUGGAUGUGUAAUUUUAGCACUUUUAUCAUGGUUCUAAUUCAACAAUCACAAUUAUUUUCCAUAACCUGAUGAAAUUUUUAAACAUCCAUUACGCUAUUUUAUUCCUGCCAUUCUUACAAUAGCUGUUCUAAGUCAAAUAAUAUAUAGAAAAUUUAGUAUAAUUUUAAUUUAAUCCAAGAUGUAAGAUAUGCUAUGAUUUUUUUCAAUAUUUUAUUGCUAAUAUUAAGUAUCCUUCAUUUAAUGAAAAUUAAAUUAAGAUUGUAAGAUCAAGAAAUACUCAUUAAUUUUUCAAUGUUACUUAGUUACAUUAUUUACUAUAUAGGUCUUAAUCUACUGAUUACACAAUAAUUGCCUUAUAAAGGUAUCACAUAUGCAUUAAAUUUAACUUUUGUAUCCUUAUGUGGAGCAUAACAGAUUAGUCAUUUAAUUACAUUAUAGGUGCAAUCAAACGAAAAUUGCUGGCUUAAAUACAUUUAAACAAUAGCAAAUAUUCUAUGUUUCCCAGUCUUACUAUAAUUAAAGAAUGUUAAACAGCUUAGGGAAUGUGAAAUUUAAUAAGUUUAUGAUUGA